AUGGCCUUCCUGCUGCGGCUGUUCCGGGCCGGGGCGGAGAAGAGGCAGGUGAAGCUCUACAGGAACGUGAGGCGGGACGUGAACCCCGCCGACGCCUGGACCCUGGUUGGAGAGUUGGGAGACGGGGCUUUCGGGAAAGUGUUUAAGGCUCAGCACAAGGAGACGGGACUCCUGGCUGCUGCCAAGGUGAUCCAGACACAGAGCGAGGAGGAAUUGGAGGACCACGUGGUGGAGAUAGAUAUCCUGGCCAGCUGUGACCACCCACACGUCGUCCGGCUGCUGGAGGCUCUCUACUGGGAAGGGGAGCUCUGGAUCCUCAUCGAGUUUUGCCCCGGCGGGGCCGUGGACAGCAUUAUGCUAGAGCUGGAGAAAGGGCUGACGGAGCCGCAGAUCCGGGUGGCCUGCAAACAGCUGCUCCGGGCCCUGGACUACCUGCACUCCUCCAAGGUCUUCCACCGAGACCUCAAGGCCGGGAACGUCUUGCUGUCCGCUGCCGGGGACGUCAAGCUGGCCGACUUUGGCGUGUCUGCCAGGAACACCCGGACCCUGCAGCGCCGAACAUCGUUUAUUGGCACCCCAUACUGGAUGGCACCGGAGGUGGUACAGUGUGAGACCUCCAAGGAAGCACCCUACGACUCUAAGGCUGACAUCUGGUCGCUGGGCAUCACCCUGAUCGAGAUGGCGGAGAUGGAGCCCCCGCACCACAAGCUCAAUCCCGUGCGGGUCCUCCUGAAGAUCGCCAAGGCCCAGCCGCCUACCCUGCGCUUCCCGACACGGUGGUCUGAAGACUUUAAGGACUUCCUGUGCAAAUCCUUGGCUCGGGACCCAGAGAGCCGGUGGUCAGCUAGCCAGCUUCUGCAGCACCCUUUCGUGUUGGAGGUAGAAGACAACCGGCCACUGAGGGAGCUCAUUGCUGAGGCCAAAGCAGAGGUGUUGGAGGAGUUUGAAGAGGAGGAGGAGGAGGAAGACAAGGAGGAGGGGCAAGUCUUUCUGCCCAACCAGAAGCACGGCCAUGGCUCGGAGCCAGAGAGGACCCCCGCAUCCAGGAGGCCUUCCCUGGAGGAGUCGGCCGGGAGCGGUCCUCUCAGCAAGGAGGACCGCUCUCGCCCGCCGACGUGGAAGGCUCAUCCCGAGACCCAGCCAGCCACCGGGGCUGUCCCGCCCCCGGCAGACUCCCUGGAAGUCCCGCGGGAAAGCAGCCCGGCAGCCCGGCCGGAGAGCUGCCCCUCCGGGCAAUCCCCCAGCCCUCAGGGGGUGGGCCCCCAUGACCAGAAGCUGGUCGCUACCCUCCAAGGCCCCCCAAGACUGAUGACCAACAGGGCGCCCGACUUCCUGAAGCAGGCCAGACGCAAGUCGGCUCCGGCGCUUGAGGGGCAGAAGGCCUGCCGGGGGUCAAUGAGGUUGCCCGGCAAGAAGCCCACGGACUUCCUGAAGCUUAUAAGACGCAGGUCAUUCUUCGGAGGGGGGAGGCCCCAGGACCCGGUCAAGGAUGACGGGCUGGGGGUCACCCAGGGUGGGCAAGGGGACCCAGGAGUCCUUCUUGGGCCUCAGAAGCCUCCAUCUCUUCCAGCUGAGCAUGAUGGAGCUCUAAAGGGGACCCUUCCAGAGACCCCCGAAGUCAGGGGAGGGACAGAAUUCACCGAGCCUCAUGGGGCAAGGCUUGGCCCCUCAGAGAAGCAGGCCUGGGCAGAGUCGGAGCCUCCGGGGUGGUCAGCUUCUGUGAGCUUAGAGAGGGGAGGAAGUGGGACUGACCAGAGGAGCCUAGGAGCGGAAACCCACCAGGCCACUGACCCGCAUAUCAGAGACAGAGCAUCUCCACCUCUAGUCCCCCGCCCCUGGCCGGGAGGUCCGCAGGAGGCUGUCCGGGCUCAGGAGGGCCCCGUUCAGAACACAUGCGUGGCCGGCUUGGAUGGGGCAGAAGGGAGCCGGGACCCUGAGGACACCGAGGAAAAGCUGUCGUACCCGGAUGGAGAGCCACCAGUGGGCACUGGAUGGCUGGAUGAGAGGCUGCCCUGCGGGCCGGCACCGAGCGAGACAAAGGAAGCCCUGGGGAGGUCCCGACAUCCAAAUUGUGAGCAGGUGGAGGCAGGGGGGAACCGGGAGAGAAGCCUAGGGGUAGCUAAAACCCAGUCCCUGGAUCUCACUCCUGUCUGCGGCCCUUGUGGAAAAGCCCCAGCGUCGCCAGAAGAGUACCUGCUGGCCGCGCUUGAUCUCUGCCAGGCUAUGACUGAGGUUCCGGGCCUCCGGGGCCUGGCCAGACUCCCUAGAGUGGCCCUGAGCAGGGCUGCAGAGCCCCUGGUUUGGGCCGGGGUUCAGGGAGGAGAGUCGAGUCACAGGGGGUCCCUCUUUCCCGAUGCCCAAGCCAGGGUCCAGAUGGGAGACGGUUUCACACGGUCAGAGCCAUCGGAAGAGAAGAUGCAGCCGAGAGACGCCGGGGCCCAGGACCCCCAAGCGGAGGGUGAGCCGGAGGGCACGAGAUUCAACCCGACCGGCGAGUGGAAACCUCUGCCCAGAGAGGAGGUGCCCUUUCUGGGACCGGGAGACCUAGACAGGACCAGUGGUUUUGAAAAGGAAGGCCUGAGAGGGGUAAAGGGGCAUUCCUCCCCUGGAGAGAGCCCAGCCCGCAGCAAGCUGGAAGGGCCCGUGGCUGCUGUGGAUGGAAAGACUCUCAUGACCCCCAAGGAGGAAGCCGAACGCCGGGACUCAGAGAGCGACCGGGGUCGGGAAGCUGGUAUGAGUGAAGAUGAUUUUCAGAAUCCUACCCUGAAGUUUUCCGGGCCAGCAGCCGGCGUAGCAAGAGAGGCAGAGACCCUGGCUAGUUCGGCAAAGCCGGGACCCCGAGAGCCUCUGACAGGGAAGAAGACGGUGGGCUUUUCCCAAGAGCGUCCUGGGUCUCUCGGAAUGGCAAAACCCAUGAGCAACGGACAAAUGCUUAGAGAAGGUGCAACUUCUGGGAAAGAGGCAGGAACAUCAAACCCGCCGGAAGGGGAACCACUGGAAAAAAAGGAAAAUCUGGCCUCUGGCUCCGGAGAGCCUCCUGUUGCCCGUCGCUUCCCGGCUCCAAGGACGUUAGCUGCAGGCAGCCUGACUCAGGACACCGCCUUGCUCCGGAAAACAGUGAGGAAAACCCGCAGGUUUGUGGUGGACGGGAAGGAGGUCAGCGUGACGACCUCCAAGCCCGUGAGUGAGGUGGACGGCGGCGGUGACAAACGGCGCUCUGCUCGACGCCAGGAACUGCACGAACUCCGGCUCCUUCAGAAGGAAGAGCAGCGAGCCCAGAGCCAGCUGGACCAGAGACACCAUCAGCAGCGGGAGCAGCUGUUCCGUCACAUUGAGCUGGAGAUGACGGGCAAGAAGCAACACUACGAUGGGGAAAUAGAGGCCCUGGAGCGGCACUACCAGUUGACCUCAGAGAGGUUGGAGACGGAGCACGUCCAGCGGCUGCAGAAAGAGGCCAGGCGCCUGAAAUCCCAGCAGCAGAAGGGCUUGGCCAGGAUGCUGCCCGCUCUGAAGGAGAACCAGAAGGAGCCAGGGCUCCUCCAGCAGCAGCAGCAGGAGCAGCUGAACCAAGCCCUAAAGAAGCUCGCCCAGGAGCACAAGAUGAAAGUGACUUCCAUGGAGUGGGAAUACGCCAGCAAGCUGCAAAACCUCAGAAGAGGCCGGGAAUCGAUCAUCUGGAAACUGGAGCAGUCGCACCUGCAGGACAAGUAUCAGCUGUUCAAGCAGCAGGUCAAGGAGCAGUACAGCCUGCACGGACAGCAGCUGAGGGAGCGCCAGGAGAAGGAGAAGGAGCGAAUGCACUGUUUCCACCACCUCCUCCGGGAUGACCUCAGAAACAGGCAGGCCCAAGAAAGGAGCCGGCAGCUGAAGACCUGUCGUCUCCGCGCCAAGGAGCGCUUGGCCCAGUUCAAGGAGAGCCUGAAGAGCCAGGAGAUGAGCGGCUCGGAGCACAGGGAACACAUAAAACAGUUCCUGCAGGAAGAGGAAGCGCGCCAGAAAGCUGAGGCUGAGGAGCAGCUGAAACAUCACCAGGAGCAGCUGCAGGAGCUGCAGGGACAGCUGGAGGCCAACGAGGAUGAGAUGGGACAGAUGCAGGCUGAAAAAGUCCGCCUCCUGAAAGACCAGGAAAACAAAAAACUAACAAGGCUGGACGACGAACACACCAUGGAGCUCAGAGAAUGGCGGGAGAGACUAGUCACGCGCAAAGAGAUGCUGGAGGACGGGCUCUCGAGCAGACCCCCGCUUGGCGUCCCCGGGUCGCGGCGAGGGAGUGAGAGCGGCUGGAGGCUGUCCCGCUUCUUCCCCGUGUUCCACUAA